ACCCGAGCUGGAGACGCUCUUUGUGGGUUGAUAAGAGUAUUUUGUCGGCUAUUGUUUGGGAAAAGCUUUGAACAGAAGCUGUGAGUACUCCAGAUGACGACCACCACCAAUUUUCAAGGCAUGGACCCGAGCGCCAGGAACAGCUCCAGAGUGCUGCGCCCACCAGGCGGAGGGUCAAACAUCUGCUUUGGCACGGAUGAUGAAAAACCUGUGACCCGCAAAAACAAAAUGGCAUCUAGUAUAUUUGCUGAACCCGAGGACCCUCAUGCCCGUCGAAGGAACAAUCCACCAGGUGGGAAGCCUACAGGUGUGCUGUGUGGAGAGCCCUCUGCCCCUCUCAGAAGAUGUAAUGUGCUACCAGUCAACCAUAGUACCACCACACUUGACAGCAGUAUACCUGUGAAUGGUGAUGAAGACAUAAUCAAUGUUGAUAGUACAGAAGAACCUAAACCUGUUCAGGAACAUAAUGAGAAACCAGCUUCCCCCUCCCUCACUGCAACAGAGCAGCCUACAGCUGGGGUUCCCUCUGGCCGUAGAAAUCCGCCAGGGGGCAAAUCCUCUCUCAUCUUAGGCUAAAGAUUUGGCUCACCUUAGGAUAAGAUCUGGGCCUAUUUGAAUUGAGCAUCUCAGAAUAAAUGUGCUGUUCUGUGGCCAGUGCCCAUUCUCUGUAUAAUUGUGUCCAUAAUGCUAUAUAAUUUCAGAUCUUGACAGAGAAGUCAGAUCUAGUCAGAGAAGUGUGCUACAUAUCUUUGAGUUAUCAUCACAAAGAAUGAGCAGUUUUGUCCUGACUGAAAUAGGUAUGUGCUCUUUACAGGAAAAUCUGUUACUGUCAGAUACAUCAAACUAUAUUUGCCAGAAUCUGCCCACGCUGUUCAAUUAAACUUGCCAUUCAAGUUUAACAUUAAGAAGGUGAAACUACACUGCAUCCAUGUCUACUCUAAACAAUUCCAUUUUUGUUAUGCUUUAGUUUUGUAAAUUAAUACAUUGUGUGCCAGGCCUGCUGAUUUGUAUUAUUCCAUAACUGCAAAUGAAAGA